AUGGCAGCGACGCGAGCGUGCUUGGUCGCGCUCGCCGUGGCUCUCGCGUUUCUCCUCUUGGAGGGGCCAACAAUGGCAGCGGCGUUGGGGACUGCCGGAGGAUCGUCGGAAGAGCACCUGAGGCAGGUGCGAAGCUUCCUCAGGCGGGUCAACAAGGCUCCUGUCACCAGCAUUCAGAGCCCAGAUGGAGAUAUCAUAGACUGUGUGCCCAUCUCCAAACAGCCUGCAUUCGAUCAUCCUCUCCUGAAGAACCAUACCAUACAGCUGCAGCCUUCUUACCAUCCUAGAGGUCAGUAUGGUGACUCCAACAUUGCACCUCAUCCAAUCACCCAAGCAUGGCACCAGAAUGGCAAGUGCCCUGAGAACACCGUACCAAUCCGAAGGACAAAGGAGGAGGAUGUCCUGAGGGCCAGCCAUGUCAAUUUGUAUGGAAAGAAGAGGCCCAACAGCAUACCAAAUAUCCACCCUGAAACUAGUGUGACGAGUGGCCAUGAGUAUGCUGUAGCAUCUUCAGCAGAUGGCCAAUACUAUGGAACUCAAAUUGAUAUAAAUCUGUGGAAACCAAUGACCGAGACAGCCCAAGACUUCAGCUUGACCCAACUCUGGACCGUUGCAGGGUCCUAUGCCAACAACGAUCUCAAUACCAUUGAAGUAGGAUGGCAGGUUUACCAAAAUUUCUAUGGGGAUAACAAUCCUAGACUCUUCAUCUACUGGACUCGUGAUGCGUAUCGAACAACAGGAUGCUACAAUCUAGGGUGCUCAGGAUUCGUCCAGACAAACAAUCAGAUUGCUGUCGGUGGUACCCUCUCCCCUCAGUCUGUCUAUGGUGGCUCACAAUACGAAAUAUGUAUUCUAGUUUGGAAGGACCCAAACACGGGCAACUGGUGGUUGCAAGUAGGAGGCACUAAUAUGGGCUAUUGGCCAUCAUCCAUCUUCACCCACUUGAAAAACAGUGCCUCCAAUGUUCAGUGGGGUGGCGAGGUGUUCUCGUCUAGCGCCGGUCAAACUUCGACAGACAUGGGCAGUGGACACUUCCCUGGGGAAGGGUUUGGCAAGGCCAGCUACAUCAGGAACAUCCAAGUGGUAGAUUCAUCCAACUAUCUCAGACAAGCAAGUGGUUUGGGCUUCAUAACAAGUCCGUCGCCCAGCUGCUAUAACGUGCAGAGUGGCACCAGUAGCAACGACUGGGGCACAUACAUCUUUUAUGGAGGACCUGGGAGGAACCCUAACUGCCCAUAG